AAUUCUUUCUGGGCUAUAAUCUGACAAGGGCUGCUGCCAAACUUGGGGUCACUGAUUUUGACAAGCUUUAGAAGAAAUGUAGUAUAGGUCCAGCAAAAGCUACUGUUAACCGAAGACGAUGCAACACUCAAGCAUUUGGGAGAAAUUACAAAUUGAAAUUUCGCGGUUUUAAGUAUGCUCCGUUAUUCUAAUAGCGUUUUUCAUUGGGAUGCACUGAGUGCGCAUUAGGAACUCGUGGAGUUUAGGCGACACUACCCGAGUUUACCGACAGUGCAAGUUUUUUUGCACGCCCAAUGAAACACUCAUGACUUGAUGAGUGCGCAUAAGAACCGAUUCGCCUCGGAUUGAAAGAAAAUAUAUGCAUUAACGUAAACUUCACUAUGGAACAAUCAGAAGAAUUAAGCAUUUCUUUCAAAGUCAAUAGUGACAUGCUCUCGUUAAAACUUCUAUCAAGUGAAACAGAGUUCUAUAAUAAAUUAAUGAAUGACGAUACCUACAGCAUACAAUAUAUAAAACUUGUGAUUAAAAAUGGAUUGUGUGUUCUACAUGGAAGCGAAAAUCAGAAAAUUGAAGAAAUAUCUCGAGUGAUUGAAGAUGAAGAACAAUUGAUAUUCCACGCGAAUAUUCAUGGUGAUAAUCGCAGCAAUGAAGAUCAGCUAUCGGAGUAUAUUAAAGAAAAUGAAGCACUCAUGUUUAAAUCCUUUGAAUCACAGGAGUAUGAUCAGAAUGAAUCACAAUCGCAGGAGUACGAUAAAAAAGGAAAGAAGAGUAGCGAUUACUGGAGCAAUUCAGGAACAUCGUUUCUUCUCGAUAAAUAUGAAACAUAUAUGUCGGAUAUUGGUCCCAUGAAAAAAUUCAAAACUAAAAAAUUGAUGUGGGCGCAAAUUUCAAAAGAUAUGCUGACGAUGUUGGACGUAUUAAAAACUCCUCUUCAAGUUGAAAAUCGGUAUAAAACCGUUCUCAAAAGGAAAAAAAAGCAGUUGAGAACAACUCUAAAUCAGGCAGCUCUAGAGAGGAUGUACCAUUCAAAGAAGAAUUGCGUAAAAUUGCUCAUUCGGACGAUAGUAUUGAGCCCGAGGUGUUGCGAAAUGCAAGGAGCGUUAAAUAUCCUAAAUUGAAUACAAGAAUGUCGGAAGAAAUCUGCAAUGAUAGUGCCUCUACACAUUCUACUGAUAGCUCACCACCAAAGACAAAAAAAUCGAAACCAAGUGAUAUUGAUAAAAGGAUGGAAUACUGGAAAAAUAAAGAAGCGGCAAAAGAAAGACGUCACGAAGAAAAGUUGAAUUUAAUACGGGAGUUGUUCGCCAAACAAAAGUAGCGGGAACUAAAGUAAGAUGAUACAGAAACAAG